AUGCAGGACAAAUCAAAUUCUGGAAGCCAUUCUGACACCUCGGUGUCAUCUUCCUCCUCCGUCACUUCCACCAUUUCUUCCGUCUCUUCCACACAGACUUCCGGCACAAUACCAGCAGAUCUUGCACAAGUCCCUGGGAAUUCUGCAGCAGCUGCAGACGCAGAGAAGGCGUCCGUGGCCCCAGCCAACCCCACGCAGCCCAAGAAGACGAGGUCUCAAAGCCCAGGUGCCGUUCAACGACGAAGGAUCCAGAACAGGAUAGCACAACGAAAUCAUCGACAAAAAGUAAAAGAAAGAGUUGCCGAGGAAAAGGAUCGUCUGGCGCGCGAGCAGGCUGCAGAGCAAGCCGCCCACCACGUACACCUUGGACUGUCCAGCCGGAGCAGCAGUGCAGGGAGCGUGAGCAGCAACAGCUCCAUCACGAACUACCCAAUACACCAUCUGCACCCAAACGGUGGUUUUGCUCAUAACCAACACCACCACUCUUCCCAAUCGCCAAUCCAAGUCUCCGGUAUUCGGUUGCAACCUCCAGGAACCAUGGAUGGCUUUGGGGAUGACAUGAACAAGGGCUGGGUCCCCGACCCGACCUUGCUGCCAACACCAGAUGGUGACCUCGCAGCCUUCGCAAACGAGUAUCUCAACAUGUCCUGCAGCUGCAAUAGCAUGACAGGUCCCUGUGCGCAACAUCGUGAGGAGAUGCGGGUCCAGUUCAUGAGCUUCAUGUCAUCGCCUCAAAACUCGCGAGGAAUGCACACCCCCAAGAAGAACUCUUUCGCCACCGGCAUGGAAGACGUUCUCCUGGAGAAGCUGAUGCAGCCACCGCUGCCGAGUCCUCCGCUGUUUCCAGAGAUGCAAACACCGAUAGAGCCCUCGAGGCAAUCCACCGGUGCGUCGGCUUUUCGAAGAGGCACCAUGGGCUCGCAAGGCUCUGGCUCAGCAAGCCCUGGAGAUACCGCCAACUCAGCCUCCACAGCCACCAACACAUCUCGUUUCAAGGCUAUUCUCACUUUCGUGAGAGCGGCUGGCUUUCCUGACUUCGACUCGAUGGUCACCAGCUACUAUACCUCCACAUUCCAGAAGAACAGUGUUGCCGAGCUGGCUCAGCGCAGCUCACGUGGCCGCAAACUAGCCAACGUUCUCGAUAGCAUCCAAGAGUCGUCCUCCAAAUGGACAGUCUGGGAGAGCCGGGGCUAUCGCGAGAAGAUCGUCGAGUCUGCCCAGGGGAUGUAUACCCAGGAGCUCGACCAAGUCAUAAGGAAGGCCCGCCGACGCCAGCAGCAGCAUCAGAACAGCAUGCAUGCCGGUCAGGACGUCAUGAUGUUCGACGGCGAGAUGAACUCGGAAGUGUCUUCCGGAUCUGGCGCUGGUCCUGGAAGCAUUGCCUCAAUGGGAGCCGUCCCUGAGGAGAUGCAGCGCGUAUUUCAGGAUAACUUGCCGAAUCUCUGGGCUCUCCUCACGGAACUCGCCGGCACAAACAAUAUGCAAUGCGACAGGGUAGCACUAGCAUCACUGUUGCUGCUGUAUAAUGCCCGGCAGAACCCAGACAUCGACAUGGAUGAGCUUGUCCCUGACUGGCGCAACCCAGAGGGACUCGUCAACAUCAGUUGA